UGAUGUUGGGCACCGAAGGCGGAGAGGGAUUCGUGGUGAAGGUCCGGGGCUUACCCUGGUCUUGCUCGGCCGAAGAAGUGCAGCGGUUUUUUUCUGACAACUUAAUCAAGAUUUGGUAAUUGAAGAGGUUCUUGCUCAUCUAGUUCUUGAUCUGGUUCACUUUACAGUUGAGGACACUGAAGCUCAGGGAAGUUUUCUCACCUAUGUAGCUUUUUUCUUUUUCUGGCAGUACGUAGGUGUCCUGAAUAACUUGUAUCAGAAUGUUCCUGUUUCCAUUAUUGGCUUAAAAUUAGACUGUCAGAACUGUAUUUUGAAGAAAUUGAGAGCUUUUGUAAAGACGUUUGUAGUAUUGACUUACUAUCUGAAUUUAGUGUUGGUAACGGAAAACGACCUGUAAAACAAGAACCAAGUACACUGGAAGCCACCUUGCAGGGGGCAACACUGGGUUUGGCUUCAGCUGUGCAACUUGGAGCAUUUUAGCUUGAUAACACUGAUCCCCUUUCAGGUGAGUAUUGGGCCUGCAGUUUGGAUCUGAGUGACAAACCUUAAUGUGGCUGCUGGUAAGGUAAAACCUACAAAUGCCCCAGACCAAAACCCUAAGAUUGUUGAGAAAAUGCCAUAAAAUCACAAGAUCCAGACUUGGUAGAAUUUUGAGACCUUAAAGGAUAUCUAAUGGAGACACGAGGAACAAGGAUUUAGAGGUAACUAAAUUAAGAAACUGCUUUGAAUAUUGGAUUUUCUUGAUGGAUGGGAAUUAUUUCACUUCGGGACUGAGAUGGUUUGAGAGGAUGACUGCUUAAAUACUGGGAAGACACACCCUUGGUAAUACUGUGGUUAUUUUAGGCUUCAUAAGAGACAUACUUUGCCUUGAAGUAUGUGAACAGGCAUUUCCUCUGUAUCACCCAGAGGUGGUUGUAGGUUUUAAAUUCUAUAUUAAUGGUUGUUUUCUUUCCAGACUGCAAAAUUCAAAAUGGGGCUCAAGGUAUUCGUUUCAUCUACACGAGAGAAGGCAGACCGAGUGGCGAGGCUUUUGUUGAACUUGAAUCAGAAGAUGAAGUCAAAUUGGCCCUGAAAAAAGACAGAGAAACUAUGGGACACAGAUAUGUUGAAGUAUUCAAGUCAAACAACGUUGAAAUGGAUUGGGUGUUGAAGCAUACUGGUCCAAAUAGUCCUGACACGGCCAAUGAUGGCUUUGUGCGGCUUAGAGGACUCCCCUUUGGAUGUAGCAAGGAAGAAAUUGUUCAGUUCUUCUCAGGGUUGGAAAUCGUGCCAAAUGGGAUAACAUUGCCGGUGGACUUCCAGGGGAGGAGUACGGGGGAGGCCUUCGUGCAGUUUGCUUCACAGGAAAUAGCUGAAAAGGCUCUAAAGAAACACAAGGAAAGAAUAGGGCACAGGUAUAUCGAAAUCUUUAAGAGCAGUCGAGCUGAAGUUAGAACUCACUAUGAUCCACCACGAAAGCUUAUGGCCAUGCAGCGGCCAGGUCCCUAUGACAGACCUGGGGCUGGCAGAGGGUAUAACAGCAUUGGCAGAGGGGCUGGCUUUGAGAGGAUGAGGCGUGGUGCUUAUGGUGGAGGCUAUGGAGGCUAUGAUGAUUAUAAUGGCUAUAAUGAUGGCUAUGGAUUUGGGUCAGAUAGAUUUGGAAGAGACCUCAAUUACUGUUUUUCAGGAAUGUCUGAUCACAGAUACGGGGAUGGUGGCUCUACUUUCCAGAGCACAACAGGACAUUGUGUACACAUGCGUGGAUUACCUUACAGAGCUACUGAGAAUGACAUUUAUAACUUUUUUUCACCUCUCAAUCCUGUGAGAGUACACAUUGAAAUUGGUCCUGAUGGCCGAGUAACUGGGGAAGCAGAUGUCGAGUUUGCAACUCAUGAAGAUGCUGUGGCAGCUAUGUCAAAAGACAAAGCAAAUAUGCAACACAGAUAUGUAGAACUCUUCUUGAAUUCUACAGCAGGAGCAAGCGGUGGUGCUUACGAACACAGAUAUGUAGAACUCUUCUUGAAUUCUACAGCAGGAGCAAGCGGUGGUGCUUAUGGUAGCCAAAUGAUGGGAGGCAUGGGCUUGUCAAACCAGUCCAGUUACGGUGGUCCAGCCAGUCAGCAGCUGAGUGGUGGUUAUGGAGGCGGCUAUGGUGGCCAGAGCAGUAUGAGUGGAUAUGGUAGCCAAGGAGCAGUGAACAGCAGCUACUACAGUAGUGGAAGCCGUGCAUCUAUGGGCGUGAACGGAAUGGGAGGGAUGUCUAGCAUGUCCAGUAUGAGUGGUGGAUGGGGGAUGUAAUUCAUCCUGAUCACUGACUCUUGGUCAACUUUUUUUUUAAGAAAAACAAACUUCAGUUUAACAGUUUCUUGCAAUAUGAGCUUGUGAUUUAUGCUUACUCUAUAAGUGGAAAUCAGGAUUGUUUUAAAGACUUAAAGGUUCUGUGUUUUUGAGCACAACACUCAUCGAGGAUGUAACAGCAAAGUUGAGUAAACUAUAACUGUUAAACAAGUUCCAGCUUUUCUCAAGUUAGUUAUAUUGUAGGAUGUACUUAAGCAGUAAGCGUAUUUAGGUUAAAGCAGUUGAAUUAUGUUAAAUGUUGCUCUUAUACCACAUGAUAUUGAACACUCUUCAGAUGCAUGUUGAAAGACAUGCCUUUUUUGUAAAACUCAAUAUAGGAGCUCUGUCUACAAUUAAAAGUGAAACAUUUUGGCAUGUUUGUUAAUUCUAGUUUCAUUUAAUAACCUUGUAAGGCACGUAAGUUUAAGCUUUUUUUUUUUUAAAGUUAAUGGGGAAAAUUUUGAGACGCAAUCCCGAUACUUCAGGAUUUUGGUCUUGGUGUUUGUAUGAAAUUCUGAGGCCCUGAUUUAAAAAUUUCAUUGUAUUGUGAUUUCCUUUUAGGUAUAUUGCGCUAAGUGAAACUUGUCCAAUAAAUCUUCCUUUUAAAAACUGCA